UUUUUGUUCAAAUACUUCAGAUUUUUUUUUGAUAAUUUUAAGGUGUUUAUUAAAUUUAAUUGCAACUUUUAAUAAGAAAAUGAGUCAAGAUCAAAGUGAGGGUGAGGAGAUUGUCAAAACGAUUCAAAGCUUGGUUGAAAAUGAGGAGGUUUUGCGUGCCAAAAUUUCAUUUGCAACUAUUGUUGAACAGAAAAUGAGCGAGAAAUUGGAACAGCUUCGUGUUUCAAGAAAAGAGGAGAAGGACAAAAUGGAAGCUCAAAAGAAACAGAUUGAUGUUUUGGAGAAAGCUCGUUAUUAUGCUGUGUGUCAUGAACAUAAUGUUGAAACAGAACUGAAACGAAAGCGGACUGUUAUGGGCGAAUUUAAAAAGCUUGUUGAGAGUACUAGUGCGGUUAGUAUUUGA